GCAACUUAUAUUUCUAAACGCAUUCACCAACAUUUUGUGAACUAAAUUGAACGAACUUAAGUAUAUUUUCGUAUAAAAUUAUUUUGUUUUAUUAAAAGAAAUUUUUCACUUUCCAUACAAUAUUACAAAAACUACAAAAAAUUCAAAAUGAAAUUUUCGAUUUCUAUUUUUUUAAUGCUGCUAUCUGUGUUAAUCAAUAAUUGUCAAUCAUCAGAUUAUGGUGAUUUCAGACAGUACAGAAGUAGAUUAGAAGCCGAAGAGCACUGUAUUAGUACAAUAUUCAAAACGAAAACAAGUUUAAUUUUUAGAACUAAAAAGAGAGUUGUAGCUUACGCUUGUAAAGGGAAUCCGGAAAUUUAUCAUAAAAAAAAGAUAAUGCAAAGAAAGAUUGUGUCUCUAAAUUUGAUUAUGGUCAUCAUUACUAUUGCACAUAUGAGAAAACAAUAUUUUUCGAUUAGAUCUCGCUCUCUCUCUAUCUUGAAAGAAAGAAAGAAAGAAAGAAACUCUAAAAAAAUGAAAUAAAUAAAAUAUUACUGUUUAUUGUGUAAAAUGAUAUUUUAAAAUAAAUUUU